AUGGAGUGUGUCUCGACUUCUUCCUUCUUUGUAUCAUUGAAUGGAAGGCUGAAUGGAUUUUUCAAGGGGAGGAAGGGGCUUAGGCAGGGUGAUCCUUUGUCUCCCCUGCUGUUUGUUAUUUGUGUGGAGUACUUGUCAAGGCUACUUAAAUCAUUAGAGGGUAAAUUUAAAUUUAAAUUUCAUCCCAAAUGUGAUGAACUGAAGAUUACACACUUGGCCUUUGUCGAUGAUCUCAUGCUGUUCUCUAGGGGAGAUGUUGUUUCUGUAGGCUACCUAAUGGAGUGCUUGAAGGAAUUCUCUCUGUGCUCUAGUCUCUCAACAAACUGCUUGAAAUCAAACUUGUAUCAGGCUGGCAUGAACCCAUGA